AUGGGUAUCUCGAGGGACUCCCGCCACAAGCGCAGCGCCUCUGGUGCCCGCCGUGCGCACUACCGCAAGAAGAGAAAAUUCGAGCUCGGCCGUCAGGCUGCUAUGACCAAGCUCGACACCACCAAGCGCAUCCACACCGUCCGCACCCGUGGUGGCAACGUCAAGUACCGUGCUAUCCGUCUUGACACCGGCAACUUCUCUUGGGGAUACGAGGCUACUACCCGCAAGACUCGUCUCCUGAACGUCCGCUACAACUCGACCAACAACGAGCUCCUCCGUACCCAGACCCUCGUCAAGUCGGCCGUCGUUGAGGUUGACGCCACCCCCUUCCGUCAGUGGUACGAGGCCCACUACGCCCAGCCCGUCACCAAGAAGGGCCAGGCUGAGGCCCCCGCCGACGAGGGCAAGAAGUCGAACCACGUCCAGCGCAUCCUUGCCGAGCGCAAGAAGGACGCCAAGAUCGACAACCACCUCGAGCAGCAGUUCCGUACCGGUCGUCUCCUCGCCAUGAUCACCUCGCGUCCUGGCCAGUCCGGCCGCGCCGACGGUUACAUUCUUGAGGGCAAGGAGCUCGACUUCUACCUCAAGAAGCUCCAGACCCGCAAGCAGAAGCACGCCGCCUAA